UUUUGGAACAUUUCUGACGCAUCAUGCCAUCAUCCCAGCUUCAUACAUUUCUUCGUACAAUUAUUAUAUCACAGCAAUUUUAAUGCUGAGUCAGCGGCACUUGUAACAGUCAUAGGUGUAUUAAUUUUCAUACCUCAAUCAUGGUAAUUAAUAUUGUUUCUAUAAGAUUAUCAUUGCUCCUUUAACAAAGAAAGAGUGAUAUUUUCAAUAAAGAAACUACUGUGGGACUAGCCUGCACUUUGUGAUGAAUCAUAUGGGGGGACCCAGAAAGACAAGCACCAACCUACACUAGGUAACAAGGAUUUCUGUCUUUUUGUUUCGUUCCAUGGAAUAAUUAUUUGUUCAGCAAUAGAAAAGCGUGAUAGAGAAAGAUAAAACAUAAAAAGAGAUUCCUUUGAAGUAAUUGAUUGGUGAAUAGUGAUUACUGGAGCCGACUCACUUGCAUAUAUUUCCUUCCAACUAGGUAUUCUUCUCAAUUACAAAGAAAAGUGAUUGACUUUUCGUUUCAUACCAGGUUUUGCAUUUUCUGAAUUUCUUUUUGGGAAAAGCUUGUUACUGACUUGGAAAAGUUGGUGCCUUUUAGAUUAGAUUCUUCUCUGGUACAAAGAAUCUCGAACUUAAGAGUUCCAUACACCCCAGCCCCCCAACUAGAGGAGUGUGCUACAUCCAUGGAAGCUGAUAUUAGCAGAAUCAUCAGAAGAUUUGCAUUUGCAGAGGUGUUUUUUUGCUUCUAAUGGCUAGCCAGUGUAAAUCUAGCUGAUGUUGCGUAGUUUCUAAAUUUGCUGCAGAAGUCCUCUUCUCUACCUUGAGGGUAAAGGAAGAUUUUCUGAGAAAUCCAAGAUUUCUUUUUCAGGUAAAAGAUUGGUAAUUUUUACAUUGAAAUCAGAUCUAAGAGGACUACCCCUUCUGCAGUUUUGCUAAGUUAAUGUACAUUUUGAACCAACAAGAAAGAUUUAUUCUCUUAGGUCUAACAGAGUUGGCCUGAACUUUGUAGAGAACAAUGAUGAUGUCUUUAAACUCAUUGAAUUAUUCAACAUGUACAUUGACUCGUAUGAGCAGCCACCAUAGCCAUAACAGAACCAGAAAAGGUUCAGUUCUGGCCACACCACCUUCAUCCAUAAUCUCACAAACUGAAGAAAGCAGCAAUUUAGCCCAUACAACGGAGAAUUCUCCUUUAGGUGCCGCUUUAAAGCGUCCUGAUUCUGCUGUUCUGCUCACCCAAGAAAAUGCGGUAGGGAUCAUUGGGGGGUUAUCCAUUGGAACCACUCUCAAUUUUGUGAGAAAACUUGUCACAUGGAGUUCCAAAGAUGGAGGCAAUGGCCUUCCUUUUGUUCUUUGUUCUGAUCCAGUUCUUAACAAAGAGCUUUCAUUCCAUGAAAGGGGACCUAGUUUGUUACUCGUUGGUAGAAAUGAGAACUUACAAAAGGAUCAUGCUUUAGUUGUUAAAAAUCUAAGUGACAAAAGGAUCUUUCUUGAGAAAUCUGGCGCUCGAUGCAUUGUCAUGCCUUGUCACAUAUCACAUUCUUGGUAUGAUGAGGUUGCAAAAGGUUCUUCAGUUCCUGUCCUUCAUAUGGGCGAGUGUGUGGCCAAGGAGCUCAAAGAAUUAAAUUUGCGACCACUAGAAGCUGGGAGUACUCUGCGAAUUGGAGUUCUAGCUUCUGAUGCAACUUUGAGUGCUGGAGUUUAUCAGGAGAAGCUUCAAAAUGAGGGUUUUGAAGUUGUGUUGCCUGAUAAGGCGACCAUGGAACACACUGUAAUCCCUGCAGUGGAAGCCUUAAACAGGAAGGACAUUGAAGGGGCACAGAAUUUGUUAAGAAUCGCGCUACAAGUUCUCCUAGUGAGGGCAGUUAACACUAUCAUAAUUGCCUCAGAUGACAUGCGUGACCUGUUACCUCCAGACGAUCCUCUUCUGAAGAAAUGUGUCGACCCAAUGGAUGCUUUGGCUAGGUCAACUGUGGAAUUUGCAAAAUCAGUUGAAAGGAAUGCAUAAAGACACCCAAAACAUAUUUACGGAUUAAAUUAUAUAGAGAUGCAAGUAUAGUGUGUAGUGAUCAAAUCAUGGUAGCAUUUGUAAUUCUUUAGUAAUUUGGUUUAUCCUAUUCUGAUUAGUGAAGUAAUACAUUCACUUCACAAGACGAUAACAAAGCCAUGUUUCUUCGAACUAAAAACUUAAGUGCUUAUACAUCAAA